CCCCUACGCCACCACAGCACGCCCAUUAUGUACAUUAUUAACUCAAAAAUAAAUUGGUGCUGGAGGACUGAAGUGUUUCAAGGACAAUAUUUGAAUGAUUUAUCAUUCAAAUAUUAUUUUAAAGUCUCUAGAUAUAUAAUUGAAGGUGCUUAUAUCUGGAAAUGAAGUUUCUUAGACUUAGACUUAGACAGACUUUAUUGUCAUUUUGUAUGCACAGGGGUGUAUACAUAACGAAAUUUCGUUGCAUACGGCUCAGGACAAUGUUUUGAGGUUUCAAUGAGGUUACUGGUUACAAGUUUCUGUUGCAGAUGUCUGGAGGGGGAAAUUAAAGUAAAUAAUAAAGUUAAUAUAAAAGCUCUGAAUCACUGAGGUCACCUGUGUCCAUUCCAAAUCAAACAACCUGGUUCCCCUGUUCUCCACUCCAGAUGCAGCAGAUGAGGUUUACUCUGUACCCAGAAUGCAUUGCUGUGGUUCUACUGUAAACGGUUUACAGUCCUACUAUGGUCAGUCAGCAACAGUUAACAAAACUCAACAACUUUAAAAAGCUGAGCGAAAGCUCUUUUCCCAGGAAUCACAGGGUGAAGCCUCUUCAUUACAUCUCCUGGAUGAUGGGACACGAGGGAACCGGCAGCAUCCUGUCUCUGCUGCGGAAGAGGUGCUGGGCUCUGGCUCUGUACGGGGGAAACAGCGAGUCGGGCUUUGACCAGAACUCCACCUACUCCAUCUUCUCCAUCUCCAUCACGCUGACUGACUUGGGCUACCAGAACUUCUUGCAGGUGGUCCACUUGGUGUUCCAGUACCUGAAGAUGCUGCAGAACCUGGGACCCCAGCAGAGGAUCUAUGAGGAAAUUCAGAAGAUCGAAGACAACGAGUUCCGGUUCCAGGAGCAGAUGGAUCCGAUUGAGUUUGUGGAGAACAUCUGUGAGAACAUGCAGCUGUUCCCCAAACCGGACCUCCUGACCGCAGACCAGCUCAUGUUCCACUAUGACCCCGAGGUGAUCAGAACCGCCCUGUCUCUGCUGACGCCGCUCCGAGCCAACCUGCUGCUGCUGGCUCCAGAGAACGAAGGCAGCUGCCCACUCCAGGAGAAGUGGUUCGGUACCAGCUACAGCUGUGACGACAUCCCAGAAGAGUGGGAGCGGCGCUGGGAAUCCGACUUCGAGCUGAAUGCGGACCUUCAUCUUCCUGCAGAGAACCGCUUCAUCGCCACGGAUUUCAACCUGAAGAAGUCCGACUGCCCGGACACGGAGUUCCCGGUCCAGAUCCUGGCCCUGGAGCAAGGGGCUCUGUGGUACAAGAAAGACAACAAGUUCAAGAUCCCCAAAGCUUACAUCCGCUUCCACCUGAUUUCUCCCAUCAUCCAGGAGAGUCCUGACAAUCUGGUCCUGUUUGACCUCUUCAUCAACAUCCUGGCCCACAACCUGGCCGAGCCGGCCUACGAGGCCGAAGUGGCCCAGCUGGAGUACAAUCUGAUGGCGGGAGAACACGGCAUGGUGAUCCGUCUGAAGGGCUUCAACCACAAGCUGCCGCUGCUGCUCAAACUGAUCGUGGAUCAGCUGGCGGACUUCAGCGCCGAGCCGAGUGUCUUCGACAUGUUCGUGAAGCAGCUGAAGAAGACUUACUUCAACAUCCUCAUCAAACACGACAAACUGGGAAGGGACGUCCGGCUGCUGAUCCUGGAGCACCACCGCUGGUCUGUGGUCCAGAAGUACCAGGUUCUGACCGAGGGUCUGCAGGUCCAACAGCUGAUGGCGUUCGCUGCGGCGCUGAAGGAGGAGCUUUACGCCGAGGGCCUGGUCCAGGGGAACUUUACCAGCGCUGAGUCCAUCGAGUUCCUGCAGUACUUCACUGAGAAGCUGCGGUUCCGGCCUCCGCCUGCAGAGGUCCCUGUGCAGUUCCAGGUGGUGGAUCUUCCUCGGAGACACCACCUCUGCAGGGUGAAGUCUCUGAAUCGAGAAGACGCGAACUCUGAGGUCACCGUGUACUACCAGUCGGGCCUGAAGACGCUCAAGGAGCACGCUUUGAUGGAGCUGAUGGUGAUGCUCAUGGAGGAGCCGUGCUUUGACUUCCUGAGGACCAAAGAGAUGCUGGGGUACCAGGUGUAUCCGACCUUCAGGAAUACCUCAGGCGUUUUGGGGUUCUCCGUUACCGUGGAAACGCAGGCCACUAAAUUCAGCUCAGAGCUGGUGGAGCAGAAGAUCGAGGACUUCCUGGUGAGCUUCGGCAGGCGCCUGGCGUCUCUGAGCAGGGAAAGCUUCGCCGCCCAGGUGACGGCGCUCAUCAAGCUGAAGGAGUGUGAGGACGCUCACCUGGGCGAGGAGGUCGACCGCAACUGGUACGAGGUGGUGACGCAGCAGUACCUGUUCGACCGGCUCGGCAGGGAGGUGGAGGUUCUGAAAGGCUUCAGCCGGGAGCAACUGGUUUCCUGGUUUCUGGAUCACCGUGGCAACAGCAGCAGGAAGCUCAGUGUGCAUGUGGUGGGUUUUGGGGUGGAGGAGAACGACCCGCCCCAUCAGAACCGUGCUGGCUCCGCCCCCUCCUCCUACGGUCCGGUGAGCGAGCUGACCUUCCUGCCGGCGGCGGUGCCCACCCUGAGGAACGCCACCCUCAUCACUGACAUCAGAGCGUUCACCUCCUCCCUUCCCCUCCACCCUUACUACAAGAUCCUCAGCUAGGCCCCUCCCCUCUGCUCAUUUCCAUGACGACAGCCGUUUUCACGUCCUGUGGGCCGUCUCUGUAAAUAGCAGCUUCUGAUUGGUCCAUCUGGAGGCGAGCAGGAAGAAGCACGUCGACUCAGAGCUCUGAAUAAAACGAGAAACAUUUUAACUGACUUCUGUUGUUCCUCUGAUCCGCUGAACACCCGCAGCGCCCUCUACUGGUAAAGACGAGAACUGCAGCUGCAGCUCUAUCAGAGCAGAGGGGCGGAGCAACAGAGGCUGGUUAGCAGCGUCAGCUAGCACAGUGACGCUGAUGCUGGACUGGAGAACAGUUUUGGAACCGAUCACACUAAUCAGAAAUCAUCUAUCAAACCGGCUCAGAUUAACUAUCAGUAAUAAUAAUUAGUUUUAGAAUCAACAUUAAAGGUAAUAGAAUCCUUGUGUGUAUUUGGCAUCAACAUUAGAGAUUCAACCAACUGUAAAUCCAUAAACAGGAACUUUGGUGAAGUUUCUGCUGCAGUAAUAUGUGAUGGAAACAAAGAUGGCGGCCAACAUGGCAACUUCCUGCUGUUUGAUGUUUUCUGGCUCCAAUUCUGAUCUGAUGGUUUCAGCCAGGACAGCAGGUGGAGACGAGGAAGCCGCUGGGACUGGAAGUCAACCUCUGGUCAUGUGAUCAGAGGUCAGCUCUCAGGUCCUCCGGUUCUGAGGUCCGGUUCAGGCCAGGAGUUCUGGUUUUGCUGAUGACCUCUGACCCUCUGAAAGAAGCUAACCAAGGAGAUAAAGUAAAGUUGCUCUUAACUUGUGGUGGAAAGUCCCUGAACAGCUGCAACAAAUGAGUGAUUUGUCCAGGUCCAUCAAGUUCUGCAGAAGCCUGUUAAUCAACCACAGAUUCAAUCCAGGUGUGUAGCAGCAGGGAAUCACCGGAAACAUGCAGUCAGUCACACGGUGCUUUCAGCCAAUCACUGCAUCCGGACUGGUUGUUCAGGCCUGCUCCAGUUUAACCAGUCAGGUGUGAGGGGGGAGCUGGAGACAAAGGAGCUGCAGGCCAGGUGACCCUGUUAGGGUUAAAGGAUGGUGACCUUCUGACCUCUGGCUGGACCAGGAGAACCUGGAACUCACUCCAUACUGGUCUGGUAGGAGUCUGAUGGUCUGUACUGGUUCCCCUCCAUCUCACCACACAGACACACAAUCCAUGAUUCGUCUCUUCAUUGGAAACAAACUGUUUGGACAUUUUCACCUCAAAUAUCUGGACAGUCAAACCGUGGACUUUUUAAAUGUGUCAGUCCGACAUGGUGCUGACCGGUGGGGAAAUUUAGGACUUUGUGCACAUUUAUAUGGAACAUUUACUGCAGUACUGUGUGAGUGUGUGUGUAUAUAUAUAUGUGUGUGUGUGUGUUGUAUUUAUUUUUUGGGUUCUAAGUUUGUCUUGUGUUCAUUUUAAUUUUCCCUUCUAUAAAAUACACGGUAUUGAAAGCAGUUA